CGAGCGAGCGAGCGGGCGGGCGGGCAGGCGGGCGUCAAGCAGCCAUCCGGGCGGGGGGCCCGGCCUGCGGGAUGAGGCGGCGCGGAGGCGCCCGAGCCGGGCCUGGCCGUGAGACGUGAGAAGAUGCUGGCUGCGGACCGCCGCCACCGCCGCGCGCCUGCCGUCUUUUAAGAAGAGAAACGUUGCAACGGCACGUGCUGUGAUGGACCCUCAGAAUACUGCUAUGUUAGGGUUGGGCUCUGGUUCUGAAGGGUUUUCUGGGAAAAGCCCCUCGGCCGUUGUCACGGGCGCCACAGGCGCUAGGAGAGAAACAGAGCUCGAUGGUAACGCGAAGGAGGAAGAGGAAGAGAAGCGGGGUCCGAAGAGCGGCAGCGAGGAGGCUGGCAAGGACGGAAACCUGUCAGAUGCCCAGCAGCAGUUUUCUGUGAAGGAAACAAACUUUUCCGAAGGGAACUUAAAGCUGAAGAUUGGCCUCCAGGCUAAGAGAACUAAAAAACCGCCCAAGAAUUUGGAAAAUUAUGUCUGUCGCCCUGCCAUAAAAACCACUAUUAAACAGCCCAGGAGGGCGCAGAAAGUCGUGAAGAUGAGCGCGGAGAAGAACGAUCCUGGGUCUGCAAAGCAAGACCCGUCAAAGCUGUACAAGAAAAGUGGAGAAGCCGGUGCCACAGUUGAAAGCUUGCUUGCCGAUACCAGAGUGAGAGAAAGCAGCCCAGCUUUGAAGAAGCUUUCCCCGCUGCGUCCGGAGGGGGUAGAAUAUGGGAAGUCCACCCUCUCUACACCGGUCGGUAGCUGCGAUCCAGACUCGAAAGAGAGAGCCCAGGGAAACGGAGCACCGACAGUAACAGAGAAACUGGCCCAGCUUAUAGCAACCUGCCCUCCAGCAAAAUCUUCCAAACCAAAGCAGAAGAAGCCACCCAUGACUAUUGUGUCUGGAUUUGCUAAGGAUUCUGGAAAGAAGCUGCCAGCAGUUGGGGCCGCCGCUGCAGUGUCAGUUAGCAAGGGCUUCCUAAAGAAACCAUCUGGAAGUGGCGUGGUCGGCCUAGAUUUGGGUGCCAAGGAGUUUGCAAAGAAAUCACCAGGGACUGGUGCUGCUGGUGGUGGUGGUUUAAUUAGUAAGGAAAACGGGAGCAAAAAGCAGCCAGGGCCCUGCCCAAGCAUGGCUGGGCUCGUCAGCAAGGAUUGUGGGAAAAAGGCGCCGCUGCUUAGCUCUCCGGUGGGAUUGGUCAGCAAGGAAAGUGGCAGGAAACCCCUCGUGACCAGCAUGCCCAUUGGAAUGGCCGGCAAAGACUCCGGGAAAAGGCUGCUUGGGACCAGCAGUCCGGCUGGAUUGGUUAACAAGGAUCCCGGGAAAAAAUUGCCAGGCAUUGUCAGUCCGCCUGGACUGAUGAGUAAAGACUCAGUAAAAAAGCUUCCAUUACCAGGGAGCGCCGUUGGAUUAUUUAAUAAGGAUGUUGCAAAGAGGCACCUUGGGUCCGACAGCCCAGUCGGAUUGGUUAGCAAGGACUCUGGAAAGAAGCCGCCAAGUUUUGGUACCUCGAGCGGAUUGCUUAACAAAGACUCUGGGAAGAAGCCAUUGGGGGCCGGGGGCCCAAUUGGGUUGAUGGUUAAAGAGUCUGGCAAGAAGCCCUUGGGGGUGGGCAUUAUGGUCUCUUUGACUUCGAAGGACUCUGGGAAGAAAUUGGCGGGGAGCGCCAGCUUGUGUGGGCUAGCCAGCAAGGACUUGGGGGCCCCGAAAGCCGACACCGCUAACCCCCCCGCAGACCUCUACAAGCGGUGUUGCGGCAGCAACUUAGUAACCCUGGAGAGCCAUGUCCCUGCGGGCCUUCUGAAGGACGGGGCUGGUGGUAAACCUUUGGAAAAGCAUGUGGCGAGGCAGAAUAAAGACGGCAUCCCCGAAAAGUUGCCGGCACACCGAGAGGUUUCCGGCGGAGGCAGAGAAGGUGCCUGCAGCCAGCAGGACAGCUCCCCCAGCGAGUCGUCGAAGCAAGAGAAACACCUCCCGGUGUAUUGCACUUCUCCCGAGUUCAGGGUGGCGGGAGGCGCGUCUGAUAUCUCCACUGCCAAGUCUCCAUUCAGUGCUGUGGGGGAGGGGGGUCUCCCGUCCCCCUCCCCAACCGCAUCCAUCACUCCUUUAACCCACGGCCCCGCCACGACGACGUUGCCUCAGGCAGCUUCCAACCCGUUGCAUUCAAACCACGCGCCUGAGCUCUCCGACAGCCUUUCUGAGCAGAGCAGCAAGACCCCCUCGGCCUCCGAUGGCGCGCGCUCCAGCCUGAACAGGCUGGCGAGUCCUGGGUUGUAUGCGACCAGCAAAGGGGUCGGGAGGGAGUCCAGCAAUCCUAAUCCCGUCUGCACGGAGGAUGCCAAGCCGGGUCCCGCCGCCGGCAGAAAAGCCAGCCUGGUCGCUGAGUCAAGCAUCCGUGUUCCCAUCGCCCCGUCGGUGGUCAGCUUCUCCAGCUUGUUCAACAACAAGCCCUUCCUGAAGAUGGGAGCUGUGAGCCCCUUAGGGAAACCGAGGCCGGGCACGGAGGCCCUGCGGAGCAGCAGCAGCGCCACCGACUCCCAGAGCAAGCCCUUGAAGAAGAGGAAGGGGAGGAAGCCGCGCUGGACUAAAGUGGUCUCCAGGAGCGCCUGCCGGUCUCCCAAAGACCUCGAGCUAGGAAGGCCUGAGCUUUUGAAAAACGUGUCUUGCGGCACGCUGUCAAAUGGCAGCCUGGACCAGGCCAAGCUCUUUGAAAGCGCCGGCCCGCCCUCCUUUGCCCAGCAUGAGUUCCUCAAGCGCCACCUGCCCAAGCUGAGCAAAACCAGCGGCAUGCAGCCCCUCUCCCUGCUUGGCAGCAUGGAGAAGGAAUCCAGCAAAUUUUACAGCCCCCACAUGCCGACCCCCAUGGGCUGCCUUUCAGACGACCUGUUCCCCGAAAUGUACAAGUCCAAAAGGGGCCGAUCCAAGCCCAAAGAGAUGCCCCAGCUGGAGGGGCCCCCCAAGCGGACCCUGAAGAUCCCGGCUUCCAAGGUCUUCUCGGUGCAGUCAAAGGAAGAGCGGGAACCUCCGGUGUUGCACCCCGAAGUCGAAAUCCCUUCUCUGCGGCAGAGCCUCGCGGGGCAGGCUUUCCCGAAGAAGAGGGGCCGGCCCAAACGGCAGAUCCGGUCGGGGGUCAAGAUGAAGCCGCCUGUCCUCUCCGCCGCCCCUUUUGUUGCCGCUGAGGGCGCAGACGCAAUGGAGACCACGCUUGACCAGCCACCCGGUGAAGGCUUCUUCAGAGCGUCGAGCCAGCUGGGUGGUCCCGAGGAGAACGGAGAGUCGAGCACCGGCAGCACCACCGACCACGAGGGAGAGCCGGACUGCAAGGGGGCCAAGCGCCGCAACGGGCUGCUCAUGAAAACCAUCAUCCGGAAGAUCAACAAGAUGAAGACGCUGAAGAGGAAGAAGAUCCUCAACCAAAUCCUUUCGUCGUCGACAGCGGCGGAGCCAAGCAAGGGGAGAGUGCAGUCCCGGCUCCACACGACGGUCUCAACCCUCGCGGCCACAUUUGGCACCAAGCUGGGCCAGCAGAUCAACGUGAGCAAGAAGGGGACGAUCUACAUAGGGAAGAGGCGGGGCAGGAAGCCGAAAGCCAGCCUGAACAGCCUUCUGGCCGCCGGCUCUGCCGGUUUCGCCGUUCUCGACAAAUCGGCCCAACAGGCCACCGGGGGGAUGCUGGGGCAAGCCGGGCCCCCGCUGCUGCCUUCCGGCCCCAGUAAUAACCCUGAGGUUCUCCCUUCGCCUGUCUGUUCCCAGUCUUCGGGCACAAGCGGGGGGCAGAGCCCCAUCAGCAGCGACACGAGCUUCGUGGAGCCCAAUUCUGUGCCGUACCUGCACCUCCACGGCCGGCCGGGCAGCGUGGUCCAGACCCUGGCGAUGCGGAAGGCCUCCCGCGCCCGGCGGAGGCUCUCCCCGCCCACCCUCCUCCCCAACUCCCCCUCCCACACGAGUGAGCUCGGCUCCCUGAAGGAGGCCACGCCGUCGCCCAUCAGCGAGUCGCACAGCGACGAGGCCGUCCCGAGCGACAGCGGGAUCGGGACGGACAACAACAGCACGUCGGACCGGGCCGAGAAGCUCUGCGGCCCGAAGAAGCGCCGGCACUCCUUCGACCACGUCUCCCUGGCGCCCCCGGAGGCCUCGGCCGCCCUGAGCGGCCUGAAGGAGAAGCACAAGCACAAGUGCAAGCGCCGCGGUCACGACUACCUGGCCUACGACAAGCUGAAGCGGCGGAAGCGGAAGAAGAAGCUCGCCCAGCUGCGGGGCCGGCAGGACCCGGACUUCCUGGCAGAGCUGGAGGAGCUGAUCGGCCGCCUGAGCGAGAUCCGGAUCACCCACCGCAGCCACCACUUCGUCCCCCGGGACCUGCUGCCCACCAUCUUCCGCAUCAACUUCAACAGCCUCUACGCCCACCCCACCUUCUCCCUGGACCCUUUGCACUACAUCCGGAAGCCCGACCUGAAGAAGAAGAGGGGCCGCCCCCCAAAGAUGCGGGAGGCCGUGGCGGAGGUGCCCUUCGUGCACAGCCUCAGCUUCCCGCUUUCCAGCACGGGCUUCUACCCCUCCUAUGGAAUGCCUUACUCCCCUUCGCCCCUGGCCGCCCCCAUCGGCCUGGGCUACUACGGACGGUACCCCCCGACUCUCUACCCCCCUCCCCCUUCCCCCUCUUUUACGGCCCCGCUCCCCCCACCCUCUUACGUGCACGCGGGCCACCUGCUGCUCAACCCGGCCAAGUACCACAAGAAGAAGCACAAGCUGCUGCGCCAGGAGGCCUUCCUCACGGCCAGCCGGGCCCCACUCCUCUCCAUGAGCACCUACCACCCCAGCGUCCCGCCCGAGAUGGCCUACAGCUGGAUGCUGGAACACAAGCACCGCCACCGGCACAAGCACCGGGAGCACCGCUCCUCGGAGCAGCCCCAGGUCUCCCUCGAGGCCUUGGCCCCCGCGGGCUCUCCGCGGACCGUCCUGGAGUCCCUGAAGCGCUACCGGUUCGGGAAGGAGGCCGUGGGCGAGAGGUUCAAGCACAAGGAGAAGCAUCGCUGCCACCUGGCCUGCCCUCACCUGUCCCCUCCGAAGGGCCUGCUUGGCCGAGAGGAGCAGUGGGCCCGGAGGGAGGCGGCGGAAACCUCCCCCCUGACCUUGGGAAUACAGGCCCCUUUGCAGAUCGACUGUCCGGAUUCUCCCCCCAGCCUGCCGCUGGGGAGGUUCACUCCGAGCUCCGAGCCAGCCAGCAGCGACGAGCACACCAACCUUUUCGCCAGUGCAAUAGGCAGCUGCCGCCCCGCUGGCUCGGCCAGCGCCGGCGGGCGCAAGAAACCGUCGGACGGCUCAGGACUCUUCGGCCCCCAAGAGGCAUCGCUCGGCCGCCCCCUCCGAAAGGAGGCCUUACCUCCCCUUGAGAAGGCCGGGCAGGCCCUUUCAGGCACGCUUCCAGUUCAGGAAAAGCUCUCGCAGAGACCAAUGGAGGGCACCGGUUCCAGCCCGUCCAGGAAGAGGUCUUCGUCUGAGAGCACAUCUUCUACAGUAAUUGGGAUGCCAGCGCGGAGUACAAGACUGGGCCCCGGCUUGGAGGAUCCCGCGGAUAAUCUUCUGCAGCGCAUGACUCACCACGAGAGCCAGGGGGCGCUGGAGAAGACCCUCGAGUCCGUCAUGGCUAACGUGCCGGCCCUGCCCUCGGACAGCCCCAGUCGAAGCCCCGGCAGGGAGAAGUCAGGCGAGCUCUUGAUCUCUGGGAAUUCGGUCAGCGACGGCAUCUCGCUCCUUUCUGGCCGGUUGCCGAGCGGCUGCUCCUCACACCACCUCAAGAGGAGCAUGGUGGAGGCCAUGCAGUGCCAGGCCCGGAAGAUGUGCAAUUAUGACAAGAUCUUGGCCACGAAGAAGAACCUGGACCACGUGAACAAAAUCCUCAAGGCCAAGAAGCUCCAGCGACAAUCACGGACCGGCAAUAACUUUGUGAAGCGCCGACCCGGGAGGCCCCGGAAGUACCCCUCGGCGCCGGGGGUCUCCGCGCACGUGCUCCAGGCGGGCCGAUUCGUCGGCCUCGAGCUCGGCGGCAGGGAAGGGGGCUGCCUCCUCCACCGUGGCCCCGACACGGUCACCGAUGCCAUCGAGUCGGUGGUGCAGGGGGUGAGCGUGAAGGGCUCGAAGAGGAAGCGGUGGUUGGAAGAGGAGCAGGCUCGGAAGAAGCAGAGGCCUCUCCCCAGCGACGAGCAGGAGAGCCCUAAAAGCUUUUCAGAAGCUGCACCCGACCCCCCUCCCGCCCCUCCUCCCCCUCCUCCUCCCCUCCCUCCCCCUCCUCCCCCUCCUCCCCCCGUGGAGGCUGCUGGGAAGCCCCGUGAGCCGGAGAGCAUCAAACAGCCUUCGGCCCCCCUGGUCCAGCGUGAGAAGAAAGCUCCACGUCCUCCGAAAAAGAAGUACCAGAAGGCUGGGCUGUAUUCUGAUGUGUACAAGACCACCGACCCCAAAAGCCGUCUGAUCCAGUUAAAGAAAGAGAAACUGGAGUACACACCCGGAGAACAUGAAUACGGAUUGUUCCCUGCGCCUAUUCACGUAGGAAAAUACCUUCGGCAAAAGCGAAUAGACUUCCAGUUGCCUUAUGACAUUCUCUGGCAGUGGAAACAUAAUCAGCUGUAUAAAAAGCCAGACGUCCCGCUUUAUAAAAAAAUCCGCUCGAAUGUUUAUGUGGACGUGAAACCUUUGUCUGGUUACGAAGCCACCACUUGCAACUGCAAAAAACCCGAAGACAGCAGGAAAAGCGGGUGCUUGGAUGACUGUUUGAACAGGAUGAUCUUUGCCGAGUGCUCCCCCAACACGUGUCCCUGCGGGGAGCAGUGCUGCAACCAGCGGAUCCAGAGGCACGAGUGGGUGCAGUGCCUUGAGCGCUUCCGAGCCGAGGGGAAAGGCUGGGGCAUCCGCACCAAGGAGUCCCUGAAAGCCGGGCAGUUCAUCAUCGAGUACUUGGGGGAGGUGGUCAGCGAGCAGGAGUUCAGGAACCGGAUGAUCGAGCAGUACCACAACCACAGCGAUCACUACUGCCUCAACCUGGACAGCGGGAUGGUGAUCGACAGCUACCGCAUGGGCAACGAGGCCCGCUUCAUCAACCACAGCUGCAACCCGAACUGCGAGAUGCAGAAAUGGUCUGUCAACGGUGUUUACAGGAUUGGACUUUACGCUUUGAAGGACAUGCCUGCUGGCACCGAGCUGACCUACGACUACAAUUUCCACUCCUUCAACGUGGAGAAGCAGCAACUCUGCAAGUGCGGCUUCGACAAGUGCAGGGGGAUCAUCGGAGGCAAGAGCCAGCGGGUGAACGGCCUGCUCAGCAAAGCCAACCAGACGGUCACAGCGCAGAGGCGGCCGAGCCGGUCGAAAGAGAAGAGGAAAUCCAAGCACAAGUUGAAAAAGAGGAAGGGCCACGUUCCCGAAGAGCCCAGCGAAAACUCAAGCCCCCCAACUCGGUUGACUCCCCAACUGCAGAUGAAGCCCAUGUCCAACAGGGAAAGGAAUUUCGUGCUGAAGCACCACGUUUUCCUGGUGCGCAAUUGGGACAAGAUCCGGCAGAAGCAGGAGGAGGUCAAGCAUGUCAACGAUAACCUCCACUCGCCCUCACUCUACACCCGCUGGAAUGGGAUAUGUCGGGACGACGGCAACAUCAAAUCCGAUGUCUUCAUGACCCAGUUCUCUGCCCUGCAGACGGCCCGCUCGGUGAGGACCCGGCGGCUGGCGGCCGCUGAAGAGAACCUCGAAGUUGCCCGGGCAGCCCGCCUGGCGCAGAUCUUCAAGGAGAUUUGCGACGGCAUCAUUGCAUACAAAGAUUCCUCCAGGCAAGUCCUGGCAACUCCUCUGCUGGUUCUUCCCCCCAAAAAAAAAAAUGCCGAUUACUACGAGAAGAUCUCGGAUCCCCUCGACCUCACCACCAUCGAGAAGCAGAUCCUGACGGGCUAUUACAAAACGGUGGAAGCUUUUGACGGGGACAUGUUGAAGGUCUUCCGCAAUGCUGAGAAAUACUACGGCAGGAAGUCCCCGAUCGGGCGGGACGUCUGCCGGCUGCGGAAGGCCUACUACAACGCCCGCCACGAAGCCGCCGCUCAGAUCGACGAGAUUGUGGGGGAGACGGCGAGCGAGGCGGACAGCAGCGAGACCUCCAUGUGCGAGAAGGAAAGCGGGCACGAGAAAGACGAGGACAUCAUCCGCUGCGUCUGCGGCUUGUACAAAGACGAAGGGCUCAUGAUCCAGUGUGACAAGUGCAUGGUUUGGCAGCACUGCGACUGCAUGGGAGUGAACUCGGACGUCGAGCACUAUUUGUGCGAACAGUGCGAGGCACGCGCGGUGGACAGGGAGGUGCCGAUGAUUCCCCGGCCUCAUUACGCCCAGCCUGGCUGCGUUUACUUCAUCUGCCUGUUACGGGACGAUCUCUUGCUGCGCCAAGGAGACUGCGUGUACCUGAUGCGAGACAGCCGGAGGACCCCCGACGGUCACCCCGUCCGGCAGUCGUAUCGCCUGCUGUCCCACAUCAACCGCGAGAGGCUCGACAUCUUCCGCAUUGAGAAGCUCUGGAAAAAUGAGAAGGGGGAACGGUUCGCUUUCGGCCACCACUACUUCCGCCCGCACGAAACCCAUCAUUCCCCUUCCCGGAAGUUCUACCACAACGAGCUCUUCCGGGUGCCGCUGUACGAGAUCAUCCCUCUGGAGGCUGUGGUGGGGACCUGCUGCGUGCUGGACCUCUACACUUACUGCAAAGGCAAACCAAAAGGAGUGAAGGAGCAGGACGUGUACAUCUGCGACUACCGCCUCGACAAGUCGGCCCACCUCUUCUACAAGAUCCACCGCAACCGCUACCCGGUGUGCACCAAAUCGUACGCCUUCGACCACUUCCCGAAAAGGCUGACGCCGAAGAGAGACUUCUCGCCUCAUUACGUGCCGGACAACUACAAGCGGAACGGAGGCAGGUCGUCUUGGAAGUCCGACCGUUCCAAGCCCCAGAACAAAGACCUGGCUCCGGAGGAAGAGCCCCUGCCGCUCCUGGAAGAGGUGGCCACCAACCCUGAGCCGACUCCUGGCGAGCAGCCGGCCCACCCCGAGGAGCCCGAGAAGGAGGCCCCUCCCCAGGAGAACGGCGAGGUGGAUAAAAAGGGGGAGGAGGGCAGCCCUGUGCCCACAGGGCCUUGCACCCUGGAAGAACGCCGGCACCUGCAGCGGGAACGGCUGAACCAAAUACUUCUUACUCUCCUAGAGAAAAUCCCAGGAAAAAACGCCAUCGACGUCACGUACCUGCUGGAGGAAGGAUCCGGGCGGAAGCUGCGACGUCGCACCCUGAUCCUCCCAGAGAGCAGCUGCAGGAAGUGAGCCCGCGGCCCCGGAGCAGGGCGCGGUUCGGAGUUCUCCGGUGUGGCCGGGUGCGAGACUGACAGCUGGGCAAGGCCUUGACCGACCGCCUUCCUGCGCCUUUCCACGCGUUGGGACGGGGUGGUGGAGCAGAAGGAAACUGACGACACGGUUCUGUAGCACUUACACCCUGCGCUUCCUCGGGUGGGCAAGCCACCUCCCUCCCCCCAGGAGCGCUCGGCGGGAUGCGUGGGGGGCCGGGCACGCCUUCUCGUCCCUGUUAAAGGUACUAAAGGAAAACCUUGGGUUCUUUGUCCCAGGGACAGUCACAGUUUAAUUUAUUAUCCCCCCCCCCGCCCCACCUCGCUCUGACGGCCACGUUCAGAGGAAGGAAAAUGAAGCGUACCCUGGGGGGGCAGCGGCAGAGCACCAAGUUCGGACCUGCUCUCCUCCCCGUGCGCCUCAUUGCUCCUGGCCCUGCCCGCCUCCGAACGGGCAGCCGGAUGGCGGGGGGGUUAAGGGGACAGCGAGUGGCACCGCCCGGCCCCCAGAGGUCCAGCAUCCAGAGCCUUGGCAAACCAGUCCCUGGUUGGCGCCGGACGCGACAGAGGAAGAACUUUGCGGCUGUACAUUUUGCACAGGAUGCGUCCCGUUCAUACGGAUGCCCCAAGGAAACCGUGGUUGGUUUUUCAGAAGCACUUGGUUCCACGUCGUGCAACUUGAGGUGGGAUGGGGAAAGGUGAAGUUUCCUUUGUUUCUCUUUCUUUCUUUCUUUCUUUCUUUCUUUCUUUCUUUCUUUCUUUCUUUCUUUCUUUCUUUCUUUCUUUCUUUCUUUCUUUCUUUUUGUAUUCUUUCCACUGCAGAGAAUUUUUCUAAAGCAGGUCCAGUCCUAAUGGCACCCUGUUGGGUCCUCUCCGCCUCCUUUUUCGACUCUCGUUUCCUUAUUAUUAUUAUUAUUAUUUUGUUUUUAAUCAUCUCUCCCCUCCCCCCCUUUUUUGUAAUGAGCUGUCGUUCUCGUGCGUCCAGUGUGUUGUGAAAAUUGGGGGGGGGGAGGGAGGGGGGAAAGGAGGAGAAAAAAAAAAAACAGCAAAAGCUGGGCAGGGGAAAUCCCUUUCACUACACGAACCGUCGAACAGUAUUUCUGAACGAGUAUUUGUUGCAAAACUGUAGACAGUUACCCACUGAUAACACUACUUGUGUUUUGAUUUAUUUUUUUUUUUCUUUUAAAAGAAAACUGUACAGCUUAAAAGCGUCUGUCUCUUAAAGAGGCAGUGUAUUUCGUACUGUCUGUUUCUCGGCUGGAAGAAAGGAACCGUUUUUUUUUUUUCCUGGUUUGAUGCAAAGCCCCACAUCAGCCCCGGACUCUUAAGGCAGGGAAGAUGGGACUUUUCUGCAAAUCUGCCGCCUUCCCUCGCCGCGGACAGGUCAGAGUUCUGCACUGGCUCUUUAACGUGGCUUUACGCUCUGUCUCUCUUCGGCGUUCAUAUGCAUAUUAUGGUCCUGUUUUCGGUGUCCUUAUAAACGAAUCCUGUUUUUAAAUGUGCCAAGUUGUAUAUAUCUUAACCUUCCUUUUCUUGCGUGAUUGUAAAGCAAUAUGGUAAACUCUCUCUCCAUGUUCCUUCCGGACGGACCAAGCUUGUCCACCGCUGUACAUUCUUGUUGACUAUAUAAUUCUUGUUUUAAUCUUAGUUUGAAACGAUGACAGGAGGAAAAAAACAA